GAGGCGCCAUCUCCGGGUUAUUUAGGAGGAUGUCCGCUUGAGCCACGCUGUCCCUGCGCGUGCAAGCCAGCGAGCCGUGCCCGGGCAAGUGAGCCGCAAGGGGCAGGGCCGCUGAAGCACAGACUUCGUGUGUGUGUGUGUGUGGGUGGGGGGGGGAAGGUCUACUGGUUGCCCGGGAUUGGAAGCUUGGGGACCCCCGCCCCGCCCCUCCUGCAGCACCUUCCCCGGUGUGACCACUGACACACAGUUUCGCGGCGAGAGUUGAAGGGGUUCCUCGGCCAGCCGGGUGCGGUGCCCAGCUCGGGAGUGAGUUAUGGAGCCGCCCAGCUGCAUUCAAGACGAGCCCUUCCCGCACCCUCUGGAACCCGAGCCGUGCGCCCCAACGCCGCCCGGGGUCGGGAAAGCCGGCGACAAGCGAUUCCGGCUGUGGUACGUGGGAGGGUCGUGCCUGGACCGCAGGACCACGCUGCCCAUGCUACCCUGGCUCAUGGCCGAGAUCCGUCGCCGUAGCCUGAAGCCCGAGGCCGGUGGCUGCGGGGCGCCCGCGGCCCGGGAGGUGCUGCUGGUACUCAGCGCGCCCUUCCUGCGCUGUGUGCCCGCGCCGGGCGCCGGGGCCUCGGGGAGCGCUGGACCCGGGAGCCCGCAGCCCAACCCCGCCGUGUUCAUCUUCGAGCACAAGGCGCAGCACAUCUCGCGCUUCAUCCACAACAGCCACGACCUCACCUACUUCGCCUACCUGAUCAAGGCGCAGCCCGAUGACCCCGAGUCCCAGAUGGCUUGUCACGUUUUCCGUGCCACGGACCCCAACCAGGUUCCAGAUGUGAUCAGCAGCAUACGACAGUUAUCCAAGGCUGCCAUGAAGGAAGACAGCAAACCCAGCAAAGAUAACGAGGAUGCCUUUUACAACUCGCAGAAGUUCGAAGUCCUGUACUGCGGGAAGGUGACGGUGACCUACAAGAAGGCACCUUCCAGCCUCAUCGACGACUGCAUCGAGAAGUUCAGCCUGCACGAGCAGCAGCGUCUGCGGCUCCAGGGCGGCGGUGGCGACGAGCUGGGGGUCUUCGAGGCAGGGUCGCCUGGGUCCCCAGGGAACAGCCUGCCCGAGGAGGAGGUCGAGGACGAUGCUGCCAAUGGCCACCUCGGCGCCCCGCCGGCCCCGGCCGGCCAGCCUGCACCGGCCAGCUCUCGCGUUUGCUUCCCCGAGCGGAUUCUGGAAGACGGUGGCUUCCAGGAGCAGCAGGAGUUUCGGUCUCGGUGCAGCAGCGUCACCGGAGUCCUGCAGAGGAAGGUCCCCGAGAACAGCCAGAAACCCCAGCCCAGGCGCAGGCACGCCAGCGCCCCCAGCCACGUGCAGCCCUCGGACUCCGACCAGAACAGAACCAUGCUCUUCCAGGUUGGCCGCUUUGAGAUUAACCUGAUCAGUCCCGACACCAAGUCUGUUGUGCUGGAAAAGAAUUUUAAAGAUAUUUCCUCUUGCUCACAGGGGAUAAAGCAUGUGGACCACUUUGGCUUCAUAUGUCGGGAGUCUCCCGAGCCUGGGCUGAGCCAGUACGUCUGUUACGUGUUCCAGUGCGCCAGUGAGUCUCUGGUGGAUGAGGUCAUGCUAACUCUGAAGCAGGCUUUCAGCACGGCCGCCGCCUUGCAGAGUGCCAAGACCCAGAUCAAACUGUGUGAGGCCUGCCCCAUGCACUCUUUGCAUAAGCUGUGUGAGAGGAUCGAAGGUCUCUACCCACCAAGGGCCAAACUGGUCAUCCAGAGGCAUCUCUCAUCACUGACAGACAAUGAGCAAGCGGACAUCUUUGAACGAGUUCAGAAAAUGAAGCCCAUCAGUGACCAGGAAGAAAACGAACUUGUGAUUUUGCACCUGAGGCAGCUGUGUGAGGCCAAGCAGAAGACACACGUGCACAUCGGGGAAGGGCCGUCGAUUAUUUCAAAUAAUACAAUCCCAGAAAAUGCAACAAGCAGUGGGAGGUUCAAACUUGACAUACUGAAAAAUAAGGCAAAGAGAUCCUUAACUUCUUCUCUGGAAAAUAUCUUCUCUAGGGGAGCUAACAGAAUGAGAGGUCGGCUUGGAAGUGUGGACGGCUUCGAACGCUCUAACAGUCUUGCUUCAGAGAAGGACUACUCCCCAGGGGCCUCUCCUCCAGGGACCCCGCCGGCCUCGCCGCUGUCCUCCGCGUGGCAUGCUUUUCCCGAGGAGGACUGUGACUCUCCGCAGUUUCGGAGGAGGGCACACACGUUCAGCCACCCGCCCUCCAGCACAAGGAGGAAGCUGAACCUGCAGGAUGGCAGGGCCCAUGGCCUGCGCUCCCCUCUGCUGAGACAGAGCUCUGGCGACCAGUGCAGCAUCCUUCGACGCAGGUACAAGGAGAGUAAUUCUUCCUCCAGCCCUGCAAGUCUUCACACGUCCUUGUCUGCCCCUUCCUUCACUGCCCCCUCUUUCCUGAAAAGCUUUUACCAGAAUUCAGGUAGACUGUCCCCACAGUAUGAGAAUGACAUCAGACAGGACACUGCUUCAGAAUCAAGUGAUGGAGAAGGGAGGAAAAGAACAUCUUCCACCUGUAGCAAUGAGUCCCUAAACGCCGGAGGAAACCCUGUCACUCCUCGCAGAAUCUCCUGGCGACAACGCAUUUUCCUCCGCGUCGCAUCUCCCAUGAACAAGUCCCCUUCAGCAAUGCAGCAAACAGAUGGACUGGACAGGAAUGAGCUGCUGCCGCUGUCCCCGCUCACUCCCACCAUGGAGGAGGAGCCGCUGGUUCUGUUCUUGUCUGGUGAAGAGGACCCAGAAAAGGCUGAAGAAAAGAAGAAAUCAAAAGAGCUGAAGAGCUUGUGGAAGAAAGCUAUUCACCAACAAAUCCUGUUGCUGAGGAUGGAGAAAGAAAACCAGAAACUGGAAGAAGCAAGAAGAGAUGAACUGCAGUCGAGAAAAGUUAAGUUGGACUAUGAGGAAGUUGGUGUGUGUCAGAAGGAGGUCCUAAUAACCUGGGAUAAGAAGUUGCUGAACUGCAGAACCAAGAUCAGGUGUGACAUGGAAGACAUUCACACCUCUCUCAAAGAAGGAGUUCCCAAGAGUCGACGUGGAGAAAUCUGGCAGUUCCUAGCCCUGCAGUACCGCCUGAGACACAGACUGCCUAACAAACACCAGCCCCCCGACACUUGCUAUAAAGAGCUCUUGAAGCAGCUCACCGCUCAGCAGCAUGCCAUUCUCGUGGACUUGGGAAGGACAUUUCCUACUCACCCUUACUUUUCCGUACAGCUCGGGGCAGGGCAGUUGUCUCUCUUCAACCUGCUGAAAGCUUAUUCUUUGCUGGACAAAGAAGUGGGCUACUGUCAGGGGAUCAGCUUUGUGGCUGGGGUCCUGCUGCUGCACAUGAGUGAAGAACAAGCCUUCGAGAUGCUGAAAUUCCUCAUGUAUGACCUCGGCUUCCGCAAGCAGUACCGACCAGACAUGAUGUCCCUCCAGAUUCAAAUGUACCAGCUUUCCAGGCUCCUCCAUGACUACCACAGAGAUCUCUACAACCACCUGGAAGAGAACGAGAUCAGCCCCAGCCUGUACGCCGCCCCCUGGUUCCUCACGCUCUUUGCCUCUCAGUUUCCGCUCGGAUUUGUAGCCAGAGUUUUUGAUAUUAUUUUCCUUCAGGGAACUGAAGUGAUAUUCAAGGUUGCUCUCAGUUUGCUGAGCAGCCAAGAGGCACUUAUAAUGGAAUGUGAAAACUUUGAAACGAUAGUUGAAUUCCUCAAAAGUACACUACCUGAUAUGAAUACUUCUGAAAUGGAAAAAAUUAUUACCCAGGUUUUCGAGAUGGACAUUUCCAAACAGUUACACGCCUAUGAGGUGGAAUAUCAUGUGCUGCAGGACGAGCUUCAGGAAUCUUCCUUUGCCUGUGAAGAUAACGAAUCCUUGGAGAAGCUGGAGAGAGCCAACAGCCAGCUGAAACGACAGAAUAUGGAUCUCCUAGAAAAACUCCAGGUGGCUCAUGCUAAAAUCCAGGCCUUGGAAUCCAACCUGGAAAAUCUUUUGACCAGAGAGACCAAAAUGAAGACUUUAAUCCGGACCCUGGAACAGGAAAAGAUGGCUUAUCAAAAGACAGUGGAACAAAUCCGGAAGCUGCUGCCAGCAGAUGCUCUGGCCAACUGUGAACUGCCGCUGAGAGACCUGAUCUGCGUCCCCAAUGACAGGGGCAAGGCGGGAAACAAGCCGUAACUGAACACGUGGGCCUCCCAGGAAGUCGCUUUAGGCUGCCAGAGAGCAGAGGCCUGCAUCCAACCGUGCAAGCUGAACCGGAAGCCGGUGGGCCACCUUCUGCUGGUGCUGAGCUCUCAUCAGCAGGCCCCUUAGCUCUCCUCAGAGCCUGCCACUCCUAAGCCAUUGUACGGACAUCCAGACUGGUUUUCUCUCCUGGAUGUUGCCAACGAUGUACAUAUAUAUAUACAUACAUACAUACACGCACACACACACACACACACACACACACACACACACACACACACACACAUAUAUGAAUGAAAUGGACAAGAAGAGUUCACGCUUCCAAAUAAAAUGAGUAGACCUAUAUUUAGAGCAGUUUUUUUUUUAGACAGAACUCCAUGAGAUCCACACCAAAGGGAAGUUCAAGUGAGCAUCCCCUUUGCACUCACAUGAAGAAUCUUUUUGUCUUUCUAGUGAAACAAAGCUAGAGAAUCUUUGUAUAGUAACAUAUACUUGAAAAAAAAUGAAUGUAUUUUUUUCUCCAAAGAAUAGCAUGUUUCACAGAAUGGUGGAAAGGAGGAGACGUUUAUGUAGCUCUGUGUGUGUGUGUGUGUGUGUGUGUGUGUGUGUGUGUGUGUGGUCAGUUCUCCUGACAUUGUCCAUGUGAGGGAAAUGAUGGUGACUACUGGGUUUCUUAGGAAAGUGGGUGCUUCUGCCCCACCUACUUUGUGCCAAUCAGCAUGUGGCAUCUUCGCACAUGUGGAGUCUGAUUUGGCUUGGUUUUGGAUGCCCACAUGGAGAGUGGGGAAUCCUGUCUGAGUCAACACAGCUCAAGGGAAAAAAAAAAAAAGAUUGUUGUGAUUUUAUAGUGCAUUCAACCAGCAUUGUUGUUAAACUAAACAUACCAGGCCUGGAAAAUAUAAUUCUGAACCUAAAGUGAGUAGAACUUUCCUACCUAAUGCAGCUGUGAACAGUUACUUGGUGCUAUAGUUACCGAGUGACAAGGAUUGGCUACUUUGUGAAAGUCCUCGCCCGAGUUUUCUCUCCGUUCUGUUUAGGAUAACGAAAGCAAUUGCGAUUGAUUUACCAAAGAUGCCCUACUGUUGGAGAUUCUUCCUCCCCCUCCCCCCAUUGACAGAAUCUAGUAAACUUUUAAUCAUCUACCCCUCUUUAUGUGAAAAUGGACUGUGACAUGUUUAGGGAUAAGCUGUACAAAGCCACUGGGAGGGAAAGAUAAAGAGGCCCCAGCUCAGCAAAAACCUACAAUCCCUCGAUCGGAAUUCUGCCGCCCUCAGCAAGCCUCAGGGGGGCAUUGCUGCGUGCUGGGUGCGUGCGUGGAGUGCAAGCAGUCCUCCGUCGUGGAGGUGAUUUUAUGACAGUGCCUCUGAAAAUGCCGGCAGCACUUUUGCCUUUGCAAACUGUGUUUAUCGUCAGCACUGCUUUUACUACUUGUCUCUUCACAGGCGGACUUUGGUGGUGGUGGGGAGUUCAUUAUACACAAGCCGAGAUUCAUUGUAAAGUCAAGAUCUAAAGAUUUCAGAAAACCUUAAAGAAGGGAUGACAAGCACACUUCUAGACUGGAAAGUCCGGAUUCUCACUGUGGACCAGUGCACCCCUGAACCCAGCUGGUCCCUCCUUAUCAAGGAGAGUCAAUGUAAUGUCUUGGGUCUAAGACAUGUUGAUUCCAGGCACUUCCCACUGGGGGGCCACUAGCUGAUUUGUUGCUUGGUUUUUCUGAAAACUCUUAUUGUAGGAUUUUUUUUUCUUCCCCUGUCAGGAUUAGGAGAAAUAUGGCGAUGAAAAUUGCUUUAUGGGUGUGAUGCAUAAGAGGUAGCAAAGAGAUCUUCAGGCUGGGGAAGGAAAGUGUUGUUUUCUGUUAUUCAUUUUAAAGUAAAACGUCAUUCUUGAUGAAUUAACACUGUGAGAUGUAUUAUGGUGUUCAGAGGUUGAGAUAUCGUGGAUACUGUAUUUUCUUUUGAAAAUGAAUUUCCUUUUUCAUUUGUGAUUUUUUUUCCCCCAAAUGUGACCCCAGUGAUGCUCCACACAUUUUUCCAUCUUCAUCAGGAUCAUGCAAUGUCUAGGUCAUUUCCAAUAAACGUGUUGCUGCACUUUC